CGGACUUUCAAUUGCGGCCAAGAAAGCGACUGUGAUAAAAAUUGAUUUUUUUGCUUCCGGGGCUUUUUCCUUUAUAUACCUUCUGAAGAAUAAAAAGAGUUUACUGUAGGGCCAGUCGACCUUUAUGACCUCUGAACAACAGCAGCUCCAGAUUCCGCCUAUGCAAGGCAAGGAAAAUGUGAACUUGGACGGUAACGCUGUUGAAGAUUUGAGCGCUGUCAAACCUAUUUCACCUACACCUUCACAACAAUCACCUCUGCGAUUAUCUAUGCAUUUGAAUCUGCAUCCAGACGGCAUCAUGAUUGAGGAACCGCUCAUUGACUCUCCUCACGACAUUGGUCCUACUGAUCGUAUUUUGUCAAAAUCGCCGUCGUUAACUGCCAACCCAAAAAAAAGUGCCACUGCCAACGGUAUACCCACUGCAUCGUCCAACGGUCGAUUAUCAGAGUCUCUACACCCAACACGUGCGGCAACCACUACAAUGAUACCACAACUUCAAAAGCAACAGCAACCGUCCACUAGCAUGGAUUUAGCUAGUUCUCCAAACAGCAUUGCCAACACUCUCUACAAAGUGGAUACCUAUGGCAGCAUUCGGAAUCCAAAUCGAACGUCAUUAGAUAAAUUGGAACGUAAAAGUACAUUUGGCCCUGAUCUAGGUGAUCUAGCUCCUGAGGAGCAACUCAUUUUAGAGCAAGAAAUAGCAGCUCGUAGAGCUGCAAGACGAGCAUCACGGAGGCGUCUGGAAGAAGAAGACGAUGAAAGAGUCUUAAUUGGUACUAUGGUUGCUGAAGGCCACAGGAAUUAUCAACUAAUGUAAGGCAAACCUCGUGGAAUACACUAUGCUCCAUAUGCCCUUGCCACCGUUCUAACACUUUCAAUGCAAAAGGUACGAUAUGCUGACGG